AUGAGUUUGUCAUUUCCCAACGAUUACAUCGAUAUUUUAUGUUGUGCUUUUGCGACGGCCGGUCUUGGAGCUUUAACCUAUUGCGCUUAUCGAACAUUCUUCCUGGAGAUUCGCUUUGAGCCUGUGGUUUAACUGGAUGAUUUUUCAAAGCAAAAACUAUUUUUUCUCAUAGAUUCACAAGAAAGAUUACAAGAAAGACGUGGUGUACUUGUACCAGUAUCCACGACACGCCGAAGUCCGGAGUAUUUCUCCAUUUUGCUUGAAAGUCGAGGCUUUUCUGCGGGUUUACAAGAUCCCUCAUGAGGUUUUCCUACAUUUUCUGGUGCGGAAAUCUAUAAAAUGGAGUUUCCAGGUCGUUUACACGUUCUUCCACUACUCCCGCUUCGGUCUUAUGCCUUAUAUCGAGCUUAAUGGGGAACAUAUUGCCGAUUCGGAGGUCAUCGAAGCCCGCUUGAGGGAACAUUUCAACAUCGAUGUAGUUUAUUGGAAACUUUCGACUUUUACAAAACUAUUUCCAGGAUCUACCCAAAAAGAAAGAAGUCCUAGCCUAUUCCCUCUCGAAAAUGGUCAACAAUCACUUGUUCUUGUUAGUUUUUUUUUCUCGUUUUCUUUCAAAAUAAUUUAGUUUUUCAGCGUCCUGAUGUACUACAAGUUCUUCCCGAGCCGAUUAAGCAUGAUCAAUGUGAAUUUUAUCAGAAAAAAAAACAUGAGAAUCCGAAUAUUCAGGCGAUUUUGGAUAUCAUGGCGUGGCCGAAAAUUCUACGACCUCUCGCUAUACCUGUGUUCUAUGUUAUGACCUUUUUCAAGGUAUUUGUUGGGAUUUUAACGGAAUUUGCUGUUCGAUUUGAAGUUUCUGAACUUUAGAAAGAUGAAAAUUAAUUGGGCAAAUUGGAGAAAUUCUGUUAAAAUACGAGUUUAUGAACUAAUUAUCGUGUUCUUUGUGCAAAAAUUAUAAUAUUUGAAAAAAAGGGAUGAUAUUAUUUCACGUAGGAGUCUCUUCUCUGCAAAAAUUUGGGUUUCAAGCUUCAAAAAAAUUGAAAGUUUCAACCAAUUUUCGUUAAAAAUCACAAUUCCCUCUGGACAACUACAUCCUCAACGAUUUACCAAGUGAAAACUCGUAAUGAAUCGAAUCAAAAAAAGUUAAAAAUCUUAAAUUUUCCAAUUUUUAGGGAAUACAGCGUCUUCGUGGGCCGAUGGGAAAAUUCAAGCCGGAAGAAUUUGAACUAUUGCUGAGGAAAGAUUUGACGAUCAUAAGAGACGCCCUGGGCGAUAAGAAGUUCAUCAUGGGCGAUUUUUUUGACGCAUGUAAGCUUUCAAUCUGAAAUUUGUUUAUUUUUUAUUAAACAUGAAACUUCAUCGCAAAGAAAGGAACAAGUAAAGAGAAAAUACUACUCCAAAAAGUUGAACUUUUUGAGCAAAAAUUUGGAACUGCUUCACUUUAUUAAUCCUAAAAUGAUAAAUAUAUUGAAAAUAAAAAAAUAAAAAAAUGGGUUUUGGUUUCAAAUUGUAACAGGAAGUUCAGAAAAAUCUCAGUUUGUUCAGAAAUCCUUUAACAGGCUAAUUUCAAAGUUAAAAAAACGGAUUUGUAAUCAAAAAAAUUAUUGGAAAUUUGCAAGUUGAAGAACGUUUACGUUGAAAUGAAAUUAAUGAAGCUUCAGAUUUUCAAUAUUUCAAUAAAAAUGUUUUAUUACUCACAUCCAAGUACUAAAAUUUACGAAAAGAUGUAGGAAAAUGUUUUUUUUUCUUUUCAAGUUGAAAAUUUCCAGGUAGACGCCAAUGUAUUCGGCCACCUUGGGAGCACGGUUUAUGGGCCUCUGGACUGUUUUCCGCGGGAUUUGAUCGAACAGGAGUAUCCCUGAAAUCAUGCAAUACUUGGGCCGUGUUAGGGCCCAAGUUUACCCCGAUGAUUUUGUUAUGA